AUGGUGGCCUCUUUUGGAUCUCCUUUUCUGGGAGGCUCUCUGCACCCAUCGGAUGCCACUCAAGGCACAUCUGCUGCAUCAAGUGGAACAUCUCCAGAGCUGCAUCAGUUGAUCUCCCCCAGCUGUUCUCCUGACUUAUUGCUAUUUGCUGGUUCCCAUCUUCCCCACGCUGCACUGUCUCGCCUGGUUCCAGCUGAGCCCUCAGCUGUCAUGCUCGAAUAUCACAUCUCCUUCGAUCUUCCUUCGACUGUGAGCACCUCUGUAAAUAUCCACUUUCCCUCGCCUGGAAUGGGAUCCCAGAUCCCUAAUGUUCCCUCUAGCAUGCCUUUCCCUCAUAUUUCUCUGUUGAAUCGUGAUCUACCAACAUUACCAGCCCAGUUGCCUGGACUGGGAAGCCAGUUUCCGCUUGCCGCUUCGUCUACCCAACACAGCCAACCAGCUCAGAUACCACCGUAUACUGUCACAUCGGAGAAGGGGCAACAAUCUAAACAGAAUCCAGAAAAAGGAAAUAACAUUGCAACAUUGAAUGAGGUGAAUGAAUUGGUGGAUGGGCUUAAUGGAACUGGCCAAAACCUGUCUACUCAAGUAAACCUUGGUGAUUGUGAUCAACAGCAAAUUGGAGAGGGAAUGGGAAAGAGUCAGCAAACGGGAAGUGCCUCCACUUCUAUGGAGAGUGAAGCUCUGCAUAGGGUGGGAAUGCAGAAUGAUGAUAUGGGGGUGAGCAAGGUGUUGGAAAAUAUAGGGUCCAACCCAUUGGUACAGAGCACAUUGGAUACUCCAAAUGUUGUUGGGGUCUGUCUAGAGACACUGCCCUCUCCCUCCCCUGAUCCUUUCAUUAACAAUGGACCAACAAAUGAUGGCCUCUGCCAGACUAAAGACUAUAGCUAUGAGAGUGCACAGACAAGGGAUUGGUUAAGAGGGUCUGCUCUAGCUGCCUAG